AUGGCUCUUGCGAAUGCUGAUUACAAAUUUUUGUAUAUAGAAGUAGGAUGUAAUGGGAGAGUGUCAGACGGGGGUGUAUAUGCGAAUUGUUCACUAUCGGCAUGUUUGGAAAACAACUCUUUGAAUAUACCCGAAGCAAAGCCAUUAUGUGACCAGUCAAUUCCGGUGCCAUAUGUCAUUGUUGCCGAUGACGCUUUUCCAUUAAAAACCUACAUUAUGAAACCAUUCCUUUUUAGAGACCAACCUGUUGAAAAUCGUGUUUUUAGUUAUAGACUUUCUCGAGCACGUCGCGUAGUAGAAAAUGCAUUUGGUUUGCUUUCGAUGCGUUUUCAUUUUCUUAGAAAGCCAGUCGAACUAUGUCCUCAAAAAGUAAUAAAGCUUGUUCAAGCUGCUUGUGUGCUACGUAAUUAUUUAAUUGAAAAAAAGUCGACCAGAUAUGUUUCUGAAGGUACUGUUGACAUGGAAGAAAAUGACAGGCUUAUUGAAGGUUGUUGGCGAGAUGACCCACUUUCACAAAAUUCAUUUUAUCCAUUACAACAAGCAGGCGCGAGAAAUCUAACUUGCACAGCUUAG